AACGGUGGCGGGAAAUGUGACGUUUUGAUUUUUAAAUUAAUUUUUUUUAAAUUUUGUUUAAGCUUUUGCCAAGUUUAGCUUGAAAAUUAAGGAUAAAAUAAAAAAAUAUAUAUAUUCUAAUAUAUAUAUUAAUCAAUUAUAAAAGUAAUAAUAAUUUGUGACGUGUUUUUAAAAGAGGAAAUUUGUGACUCCGAAUAUUGCCGAAGUUAUGUGAGAAGAAUAUAAGCAAAAUUUACUUUUCACGAUGUAUUUAGUUGCAAUAGUCUCAUCCUUGCUGCUUGGAUAUGCAGCUGCGCAAAAUUCAAACUGCGACUUCUUUAGAAAUGUAGCUGUUGGGGUCAAGUAUUAUGUAUACAGUCCAAAUUACCCGAACUCAUAUCCGGCAGGCGUAAGCUGUAGGUGGCAGGCGCAGUGCCCGCCGGGGUACAACUGUAGACUAGAUUGCGAUGACAUUAUUAUGCCACAGACUCCAUCAUGUUCCAUGGACCGCCUUCUCAUAUCAAGCUCUGGAGAUCCACUGUUGACGCAGGCUGAGUACUAUUGCGGAUACGGAGCAGUUUCCGCGGUGUCCACUGGUCAGAGAAUGACCAUAGGUCUCUUAACGUCAGCAAAGACUACAGGGGGAAGGUUUAUGUGCGAACUAACAGCACAGCGGAUCACAACUCAACCAACGUGCUCUUGUGGGUAUCGGAGAUUGGACAGAAUCGUCGGCGGCGAAGAAACAAGACCCAAAGAGUUUCCAAUGAUGGCUGGUAUCGUGACUGCUGAUACACAAAGUAUUGAAUGUGGAGCUGUUAUCAUCGACACGAAAUAUGUCCUUACAGCCGCUCAUUGCGUAGCCAACCAGCAACUUGACAAUUUGGGGGUGGUUGUCGGCGAACACGAUACAAGUACUGGAAGCGAAUCGAUGACACAGGGCUUCAGAGUCGCCCAAGUAAUAAUUCAUCCCCAAUACACUUCAUCAAAUUACGACUUUGAUGUUGCGAUUCUGAAAAUCAACGGCCAGAUAAAGUACAAUGACUACGUCGCUCCAGUGUGUCUGCCAUUUAAAUAUGUUAACAACGAUUUCACAGGGUCUAAGGUUACCCUUCUAGGUUGGGGCACACUAUCUCCUGGAGGUCCAACAUCCAAUGUGCUUAUGAAGGUUGAUCUGAAUGUCAUCAGUCAAGCAACUUGUAGACAAAGCUACCCUGAUCUAACGCCUCGUCAGAUGUGCACGUAUAAGGCAGGAAAGGAUGCUUGCCAGAGAGACUCAGGCGGCCCCGCUCUGUACACCGACCCCCAGAAUGGUCUGCUCUACGCCGCAGGUGUCAUCAGCUAUGGCCGUUUCUGUGCAUCCAACGAACCUGGCGUCAACGCGCGCAUCACUGAGCUCCUUAAAUGGAUCGUAACCAACGCCCCUGCCAACUAUUGCAUGAAAUAAAUUGACUUCACUGAAAUUUUAUGUGUUAUAAUUUUUUGAAAUUUACUUACCAA